CUCAAAAAUAGUUAAGGAAAACGUUUCAUCAUUCCCAACCUUUCCCUGGAUUAUAUUGAAAUGAUUUGGCCGAUAAGAUGGUGAAAUGGAAUUCACAAAACCAUGAUAAAACUGCUGCAAAGUUAAAACAUUCAAAGUGGACGAUCAGCCGUCGUCUGCUAAGCUACUUCCUAUCAUAUUUCUCAUCCCACACAUGCGUUCACGUUCACUUGUUUACUCAUUCAGUCCUUAAACUCAAUCCAAAAAUAAUGUAUUUUCUGUAUUAUGCGAAACUGAAAUCAUACCAUUAAGUGCCGAUGUCUGCCAUGAAAGAUGCCGACCUCCCGGAUAUUUUGUUUAGCGAAAUCUUGCUACAACUAUCAACCUUCCCCAGGAUCACCUGCCUUUUUUAACCUACCCAGUGACUUGGAAAGUCGUGUAAAGUGGGUAGAGAAUGCGGGACGGUCGGAUUUGAAAGAGAAGACUGUUUCUACCCUGUCUGGAAAGUAUUACAUAUGUGCAGAUCACUUUGAACCUUAUUGUUUCAUCGACCCAGCUAAGAGAUCACUUCUGAGGAGAGAUGUUGAUGUUCUCCCCACAAAUUUUAAAAGCAAUUUAGCCUCCUUAGCCAGUAUGGAUGACAAUAAAAGCUUCCGUGACAGUCAAAGUACCUUAGCCGGAACGGUAUUGGCUGAAGUUGAGUCGGCACAAGAGAUUUUAAAUGCUGCAGUUGUAUCAGAAGAUGUUUUAGAUGGUGCAGAAUGGACAAACAUUGUAGCAGUAAGCUUAAGUGAUGAUGGUAGUCUCAUGUGCAACACAUUGAAUUCUCCAUCUCAGGAAUUGACCGAGCACAGCGUAAGCUUUAAUUCAGGAAAUAAUGCAGACUCCAAUGAAAUGGUUAUGGAGUGUCUGAUGCUCUGUCGUCUUUGUGCUGCUCUUGUUCAAGUCAAUAUGCUUGUUUCAAUAUUUGGUGAUGAGUCAGAUAAGGAAAUAAAGGAUAUGAUUGAUCAGAUCAUACCUGGCCAAGUCAUGAUGGAUGAUGGUUUACCUCAGCGAGUUUGCACAAGUUGUGUUGAAAGAGUAAGAAAUUGUUGUGAAAUAGUUGAUUCGUUUAAGGCAGCGGAUUCUCGCCUGCGACAAAUGGUUGAGUUAUGUAACUUAGAUGAUACAAAUGGGAGUCUUACUUUACAAGACAAUGGUAGUCUGCCUAUAAUACUUCAAACUGUUGAUGAGUCUCCAGAAGUAGAGUUGGAUGGUAUCAAUACUAACAUAACUUCACACUUCUCGGAAGAUCAAACAACUUUAGAUGGCUUUGUCUCUGAUUCCAUGCAGCUUAACUCAAGAAAUGUGAAGGAAGAGGCAUCAGUAACAAAUUUACCCACUUCAGAGUGCAUUACCAUUGGUGAUACAAUCAACUUCAAUGUGCAAGUAGAUGGAAAUAGUUUAAGUUUCCAGGGCACCGAACAUAUUAAAUGUGGAGUUUGCCAUCAAGAGUUUGAGGAACCAGCUGAUCUCGUUUCACAUUGUAUGAAUUAUCAUUCCAUAAAAAUUGAUGAUGGGUCUGUCUUUCCCACUGAGGAUAUUAGCAAUGCUUUUCAGUGCACAAUUUGUGAUCAUAUUUUGCCGAAUGGGAACUUUUUGAAGAGUCACAUGCUUUCUCAUGUUUUCGGAACUCAUGAGUGCUCAUUAUGUAAAAUGACUUUUAAAGAAAAAGAUGAUCUAAAUAUUCAUCUUAGUGAAGAUCAUAUUAAUUUUCAUGGAUCUAAAGAGAGUAAUGAAGAAGAUACAGAUCAUAGAUGUGAAGAUUGUGGUAAAGUAUUUAGAAGCACAAUUGCCUUAAGGAAACACAAAACAACCCACACAGGGGAGAGGACAGUCUUAUGCUCACUCUGUGGUAAAACUCUAGCAAAUCUGAAUAGUUUGCGAGUGCACAUGAGAAUUCAUUCUGAAGAAAGACCAUAUACUUGCAGUGAAUGUGGGAAAUCAUUCAAAGGUCCAUCUGAAUUACGUUCUCACUCAGUCACACAUUCUCGGGAAAAAAUACAUAACUGUCCUGAAUGUGGAAGAAAAUUUCAUUCUAAAGGACUAGUGAGACAACAUAUGUUGAGCCACACUCAUGACAAACCACAUAAAUGUGACAUGUGCACAGCCUCUUUCAAUCGCUUAGGUAAUCUGAAUCAACAUAAGAAGAAGCAUGUAGAUAAGACUGUAAUUCCGACUGUCACACCUUUUGAGUGCAAUGCAUGCGGAAAACGAUUUCAGUCAAAACUCACAUUAAAGUAUCACUUAGCAAAGCAUACUGGUGAUAAGUAUCCAUUUGAUUGUGAAAUAUGUGGUAAAAAAUUUAUAGCUAUCGACCCUUACCGUGUUCACAUGAGAGUUCAUACUGGUGAACGUCCCUUUGAAUGUGAAAUAUGUAAGAAGACAUUUCGCAGUUCCGGAACUUUAAAACAACAUAUUACUUCUCUUCAUAGAGAUGACUUUCCAUUUGGUUGUCCUUACUGUCAGAGGAGUUUCAAGCGUCUGCAAUCCUUAAUUGUUCAUAAAAAAACCCAUACUGGAGAGAAACCAUGGCUAUGUUCACAAUGUGGACGAGCAUUUGCUCAGAAAGGUGAUAUGAUCAAGCAUACCAAAACCCAUCGACCUAAUGUAGAAGAAGAGGAGAUAAUAAUGGAAGUUGAUACUAUUGAUGAUUUAGCAUUAGACAAUGAAAUUUCAAAAAUGAUUUUUGGUUAACCUGGAAUAUUUUAAGUGAAAUUUUUUACCCAGGUUUGUUACAAGAAAAUUAUUGGCUGGCUGGCAAUGAAUUUGUUUUGCAGUUUUUCACUCUCUCUCUCUUGUAUUGUUACUUGUUUUGUUACAUUUUUUUAUUGCUUUGGUAGAAAUCAAUAAUUAAAUAUCAGGGAUAAAAACAAAAA